AUGAUCCACCUAAUCCCAGGAAGUUUCAGAGAGUAUAUAAGCAUUGCCACUUCACCUCAGAUCAUCUCUCCAAGAAAGCAGAACCAAAACUUCAUCGCAAAAAAAAAAGGUUUAUUCAACAAAAUGAAGAUUGUGAUUCUUCUUGCCUGCCUUUUGGCCAUCAUUGUUCCUUUUGAGGCCCACCCUAUAGAAAUUGAAAGCAGUGAACAACUGCCAUUCCCAUUUUAUCCAUCACAUCCAAACUACCCAAUUCUGAGUGAUCCACCUCAAAACCAAUCUUUAAAUUGCUAUCCAAAGGAGAUAGUUGACCCUUUAAUAAGGGCUUUCAUAGAUCUAAUAAUUUAUAUUCCUGCUGGGCCUCCUGGACCCCCAGGGCCAACAGGGCCUGAGGUGCCUAUGAGACCUGUGUGGCCCAUGGAUCCUGAGGGUCCUCCUGGCCCCAUAAAUCCUGAAAACUUCCCAUGGCCCUUGAGUCCUGACAGUAUCCCACCACCCAUAAGUCCUGAGAGUACCCCACAACCCAUGAGUCCUGAGAGCACCCCACAACCCAUGAGUCCUGAGAGCACUCCACAACCCAUAAGUCCUGAGAGCACCCCACAACCCAUGAGUCCUGAAAGUACCCCACAACCCAUGAGUCCUGAGAGCACCCCACAACCCAUGAGUCCUGAGAGCACUCCACAACCCAUAAGUCCUGAGAGCACUCCACAACCCAUGAGUCCUGAAAGCCCCAUGGAGCCCAUGGAUCCUGAGUAUCACCCCCUAGGCAUAUUUCCUGCUGAGGUCCCUGUGUAGAGUGGAGGCAAAAUCCUGUUUUUGUUGAUUGAUUUUGUUGAAAUGCUGUUUGCAAGAUACCUAGAAGACAUUUUUUUUGUUUCUGGCACAGCUGAAUGAAUGACCCUGAAUUAGACUGAUUUUUUUUAAAGCUUUGCAAUAUGUUUGCAAUAAAUAAAUUUGACCAGCUUUA